CCGUCGCCCUCGCUGCUACACCGUCUACGUGAUAACAUCCAAGUUGUUACCCAACUAGCUUCGAACUUAACUGUUCACCUGGUUGGCAAUAUGGCUUAUGCCGCCACUGUGGCACUCUAACACCUUGAUGAAUAAAUGGUGUGAAACAAGCAAAACAAUGGAAUGUUGCGCCAAAAAUGCAUCCACUGCGCCAUAAGUGAUGAGCUUUAUGCACACCCAAGAUUAUGCCAAGGAGCUUUAGCGCUGUUCGGGUGGACGUGUCCUGACGGAGGCAUUUAUGCGCUGAGGGGACCGCGAGAUGGGCAAGGAAAAGAAGCACAAAAAGCAUAAGUCUGAUAGGUCUGAUAGGCGGGAGCGUUAUGAAGAAAUGCCGGUGAGCCGACCAGCCGGCCUCCGGCUGGUGUUGAAGGUGGGCGUCGCACUCACUCCCGACCAUGAGCCCCGCUCGGUGACGCCGCCGCCGGCGGUCGCCCCACUCAGGUUCAGCAUGGCCGCCAUCAAUGAGGCUGAGACACAGCGGAAGGAGAAGAAACACAAGAAGAAAAAGAAGAAGGACAAGGACAGAGACAGGGAACGUCACAGACACAAGAAGGAGCGGCGUCACCUGGAGGCGGUGUGGGCAUGCGGCCUGGAGGAGACGUCGCGGCUAAGCUCCGGCACCGAGCCGCUCAGCCAGGGCACCGCCUCCUCUCCGGAGCCGCCGUCCGUGCCGCCGCUCGCCGAGCAGGAUACGGCGCCACCGCCCGAGCCGCACGGACCGACGCCGACGCCUGAAGUCCCCGUCCCCGUCCCCGUCCCCGUCCCCGUCCCCGCACCCGUCCCCGUCCGCAUCCCCGUCCCUGCCCACGUCCCUGUCUCCGACCCCGUUCCCGUCCUCGCCUCCAUCUCCGUCCCCACUACCAACGCCACCCCUGUGUUCGUGCCCGCUGCCUCGCUGCCUGCCGCGCCCGGCUGGCCGCAGGCUGCCGAGCGGGAGCAGCGGCCGGCCAAGAGCUCGCUGCAGCGCUUCCUCGAGUACCUGCUCAAGGGCCUGGAGAAGAAGGACACGCAGCGGUUCUUCACGGCGCCCGUCACCGACGCGCUGGCGCCCGGCUACUCCAACGUUAUCCGCCACCCGAUGGACUUCAGUACCAUGCGCGCCAAGAUCGAGGCCGACCGCUACCCCAGCCUGGCCUCCUUCCAGAGCGACUUCCGGCUGAUGUGCUCCAACGCCAUGGCCUACAACCGCGCCGACACCAUCUACUUCAAGGCGGCUAAGCGGCUGCUGCACAUCGGCUCCAAGAUGAUGAGCCCAGACAAGCUGGCCAGCCUGCGGUCGGUGGUGCCGGCCAUGAUCGACUUGGGCGCAGACGUGCUCGGUUUCCAGGUGGAGCCGGCGCCGCCGCGGCCGCCGCCGGCCGAGGCCGCCGAGCCGGUCGCCGAGCGACUCAGCGGGUUCAUAUUCAAACGGCCGUACGUUAGAUUAGAAAAGCUAGCUGGCGGCGCAGCGCUCGGCGCCUGCAAAAGCGUGCCGGAGCCGGUAGAUGAGGAGGCGGAGGCGGAGGAGAUCUUGCAGCAGGCGCAGGCGGCUGCUCGGCGUGCGGCCGAGAGGCUGGCCGCCCGGACAACGGUACCCAAGCUGGGGUUCCUGCGUCAGCGGCCAGAUGGCAGCACGUCGCUGUCGAUCCUGACCCCGGCGGAGGGGGAGAGCGGCGAGGAGAAGCCCGUGUCUCUGGGCGUGCUGACGGGCCGGCUCUCGCAGGGCACGGCCCACCCGGCCGGAUUCAGGGAGGACAAACGCAACAUCACCAAACCCGUGAAGCCUGUGCACCACGGGCCGUACGGCUCGUACGGGCCCUGCUACGACUCCGCCUUCGCCAACAUCAGCGUGGAAGAGUCCGAGCUGCUGGCUCAGACGUACGGCGACGAGACGUGCCAGCAGUACGCCCAAAGUGUGCGCCAGUUCGCGGAUGGGUGCUACAUGGCCACCGAAAUGGUGGACAACCUGCUGGACAUCCUGACGGACGGACGGCAUCGACCUGCGCAGCAGGUGCUCGAACAGCACCGCCAGCUGGCCAUGGAGGAGCGCCUGGUCAGCGCCGCCCUGGCGGCCGCCGUGGCAGCCCCGGCUGCGCCCACCGGCCAACAGGUGGACUUCGCGGCGCUCAAGUCGCUGUCCUCGCUCGGCAUCGACGUCAGCUUUCUGGAUGCGAUUGAGAGUGAGGAGCGACGUGGCCAGGAGGCGCCGGGCCGGCUGGACCAGACGUCCGAGCUGAUCGCCUCGCUGAGCGAAAUACAGCGGCGCCGCCUCAGUCAGCCGCCCGACACGGCACCGGCGGCGCCCUCGCAGCAGGAGACCGAGCUGGCGGACGCGGUAGUGGGUCGCCUGACAGCGAUGGCGCGCCAGACGGCCCCGGGCGAGCUGGCGCCGACAGCUGCCGUGCGCAAGGCGCUCGGCCUGGGCCCGGUCACCGGCAGUCCCGACAACCCCAGCUCGCACGAGGAGGUGGACGUGGAGGCCGUGUCUACGGCCGCCACGCCGGAGGUGCGC